GCACGUGGUAUGUAGCAAUGGUAACGACAGUAAAUGCCAACCACUCUACAGAUGGCUACGGAAAGUGGGAACAGAUGAUUACGUAGCUGUACCGCUGAUGGCAACAGAAAAUGACGAAGAUCUUAAGAGGAUCGAGAGGUGCUUUAUUAAGCGAUGGUCUCCGACAUUCAACCCUCAGGAUAGGCACUCUACACAAUCAAAGAGACGUAAGAAGAGGCUAGGAAAACGGGAGAGGAAAGGGAGGAGGAGUUUAAAAGUAAUGCGGGGUAGCAUUCUUCAUUUCGAGGAUGAGAAUGGCGCUCGGACUACGAAGAUCUCUGAUUAUCUACAACAGGCAAUUAAGAGUGGGAGUAAGGAUCUGCACAUCGUAUGUUCAGGGGAUAUAUGGUGCGAGGACUGGAAAGUCCUCACACGAAGAUUCGGAAUGUCAUUAAUCAAGAUGCAUGGAGUGGCGUGCCUACUCAAGGAAGGGAAAAAGGCAAUUGAACAAGGAGGAGUGCUUACGAUCAAGGAUCCAGCUGAGACAGUCAUCUUCCCCGUUAAGAUCAGAAGGGAGUUUUUGCUCCUGCUUACACAGCCAUGGCGAAGAAAACUGUUGUGGAAGAAAGAAGUUAACGAGUUAUCAUAUAUGUAUCAGGCUUCUAGAGGAUAUGACAACAGGAGUAGACAGAGAAUGAGGAACAUCGUGUCUAGAGUACUAAAUGAGAAGGUAGGCAUUAACGUAAGGAAGAAGCAUACUUUGAAGGUUCCUUAUGACGACAGGGUGAAUAGAAAGAAGAUCAGGGAUGUCGCGAAAGAGAAGAUUGAUGAUCUGGGGAUGAGUGAUGAGAUGACCAACAUCGUGCAAAGACAUAUCCGUGUUGUCUUGACCAAGAAACAGACAAUUGGUGAUUUGUUUCACAACCAUCGAGAAUUUGCUCGCUCGAAUGGUAGCAUAUGCAAUUGUGCAGAUAGCCCCUUCCCGUUGGUGGAAGGACAUGUUCGAUGCUGUUUAUCUGAUCUCCAAGCACUAGACUUCUUUUUCAAUGCACGGAAUAUACCUGUACAACAUACAAGGCAGGUUAGACGAGGCAUUAUGGCUGCUCUACUGGAUGGACUGGGAGAACUUUUUAGUAGUGCAGGAAGGCCGCUCAAUAUACAGAUGAUCGACGUGGAACAAUGCGUGGAGGACAAGGAGCUGACCUGUGAGGACUGGCUACAGGAGGUGCAGCUUUGGAAACGUCGUCUGGCGGGACUGGUGUGCAUGCCGUUGGAUAGAAAUAUGGGUGCAACGUACAUCACCCGCCCGGUGGUGUAUGCAAGAGCAGUACGUGACACUUUCUGGCAUGGCGAGAGCUUUAAUAUGUGUGAAAUGUCGGAUGACAUGGCACUAGCAAGGUGUAAGGAAGAAUACGAGGAGAGGGGAUUGCGAAGGCUCGGAUCGUGGAGAGGGAAAGGAAGAUUUGGAGAUGCAUACGUGAUACCAAAGCAGAAAGAUCCUAGCAGGUGGCGACCAAUAGCGCCUGCAUGGAAUGCGCCGAUGAAAGAGGGGGCAAAGAAGGUGGCAAGAGCUAUGCAAUGCAUGCUUGGAUGCCUCGCUAGAAAGAUUCACUUCAACACUCACCUGUUCCGAACCCGAAAAUGAUCUGCGGUGUGUAUCAUAACCGUACUAUGCCGAUGCCGUGCCAGUAGCAGACUCCCACAGUGAUCCGAACCUGCCAAUAAAUUACCCUAGAGUCC